GGAGGGUCUCCGAAAAUGGGGGCUGAGCCCGGAGCCGGCAGGACUGAUUUCUGUCCCCCAACAGCAUGGCAUCCUGUGCCGAGCCCUCCGAGCCCGCCCCGCCGCCUGCUGGUGUCCCACCCCUUGAGGACUUCGAGGUGCUGGAUGGAGUUGAAGAUGCGGAGGGUGAGGAGGAGGAGGAGGAGGAGGAGGAAGAGGACCUAAGUGAACUGCCACCGCUGGAAGACAUGGGGCAGCCCCCGCUGGAGGAGGCCGAGCAGCCUGGGGCCCUGGCGCGAGAGUUCCUGGCUGCCAUGGAGCCAGAGCCUGCUCCUGCCCCGGCCCCAGAAGAGUGGCUGGACAUUCUGGGGAAUGGGCUAUUGAGGAAGAAGACGCUGGUCCCUGGGCCACCUGGCUCCAGCCACCCGGCCAAAGGCCAGGUGGUCACCGUGCACCUGCAGACAUCGCUGGAGAACGGCACGCGGGUGCAGGAUGAGCUGGAGCUGGUGUUCACCCUGGGCGACUGUGAUGUGAUCCAGGCCCUGGAUCUCAGCGUCCCGCUCAUGGAUGUGGGGGAGACGGCCAUGGUUACUGCUGACUCCAAAUACUGCUACGGCCCCCAGGGCAGGAGCCCCUACAUCCCCCCGCAUGCAGCCCUGUGCCUGGAGGUGACUCUGAAGAUGGCCGUGGAUGGACCCGACCUGGAGACACUCACGGGGCAGGAGCGCGUGGCCCUGGCCAACCGGAAGCGGGAGUGUGGCAAUGCCCACUACCAGCGUGCGGACUUUGUGCUGGCCGCCAACUCCUACGACCUCGCCAUCAAGGCCAUCACCUCCAGCGCCAAAGUGGACAUGACAUUCGAGGAGGAGGAGCAACUCCUGCAACUGAAGGUGAAGUGUCUGAAUAACCUGGCGGCCUCGCAGCUGAAGCUGGACCACUACCGCGCGGCCCUGCGCUCCUGCAGCCUUGUGCUAGAGCAUCAGCCCGACAACAUCAAGGCGCUCUUCCGCAAGGGCAAGGUGCUGGCUCAGCAGGGCGAGUACAGUGAGGCCAUCCCCAUCCUGAGGGCGGCCCUGAAGCUGGAACCUUCCAACAAGACCAUUCAUGCGGAGCUUUCGAAGCUGGUGAAGAAGCAUGCGGCUCAGCGGAGCACCGAGACCGCCUUGUACCGAAAAAUGCUGGGCAACCCCAGCCGGCUGCCCACCAAAUGUCCUGGCAAGGGUGCCUGGUCCAUCCCAUGGAAGUGGCUGUUUGGGGCAACUGCCGUCGCCCUGGGGGGUGUGGCUCUCUCUGUGGUCAUCGCUGCCAGGAACUGACCACCUGGGUGGCCGCUGCCCCCUCUGCACACCAUGGAUCCUACCCUGCGCUCCCUAAUCCCCCAGGCUCCCUGCCCACUGCCCUCCCUGUCCCAGCCCCCUCCUCCAGGUUGGGGCAGUAAGGAUUGGGGAUCGCACAGCCCAGCGAGCAGGGGGACUGAGGCCCUGGAGGAGGAAAGUGAGGUGGGGCCCUGGCCCAGAGAGAGGGGGCCCUCAUUCCUGCAGACCCAGUUUUUCUCCCAGUCCCCCUGGGUUAGGUCUCAACCGGGCCGGCCUCAGUUCCUCCCUCUCAGCAGGCCCUGGGGGCAGCCCUUCCCCUGCCUCAUCCCUGCCUGAGUGCCAGCCCUUCUUGCCCCGCCUGCUGCCCCCGUUCGAGCUUCCUGCCCCACAGUGAAAUAAAGCCUCCCACCCUGCA